CAGGUCAGGUACCUCUGUUUACUCGUGAUAUGAUAGUGAAAGCCAGUUAUACUUGUCUUGUCAUGGCUAUUAAAAGUUUUGUUUGUGUGGCGAUGUCAGUCGCCGGUCAUCUGCGUCUGGAGCUUGGCGUGUGUGAGAAAUUAGUUGACCGUGACCAUGAGGGCGCUAGCAGUGCUGGCGACGCUGGCGCUAGCGUGUGACGCUUACCGUGUGCUGGUCGUGUUUCCCAUACCCACGACAAGCCAUGUGAAUCUGGGCCACGGCUUUGUGACGCACCUGCUGCGGGCUGGCCAUCAGGUGACGUACAUAACUCCAGCUCCUGUUAAGGAUCCGUCAAAGAAUUUGCGUCAAAUCGACGUGUCCUCCAACUUUGACCUUUUUCCGACAGGUGACAUUUUAAAUCUGACGAAGCUGAUGAACAAGGAAGUGCCAGCCUUCGACACGGCGGCGGUACUGCAGCUCAUCAUUGGGGUGGCCGAUGGAACCCUGAUGAAUGAACGCGUUCAAAGCCUGCUACACAACGUGAAGGAGGAAUUCGACGUGGUCAUAGCAGAGUGGAUGUUCACGGAGUCUUAUAGCGGGCUAGCCCCCGUGUUCGGUUGCCCGUUGAUCUGGUCAUCCUCCAUGGAGCCUCACGCUAUGGUGCUGACUCUCAUGGACGUAGACCCGAACCCCGCGUACGUCGCGGAUUACAGCUCCACCAUGGCACCGCCUUUCGACUUUCGACAGCGAGUUCUUGGACUUUGGAAACUCUUCUCGGCCAAGUAUUACAAAUGGUUGUCGUCACCACAAGAAGCUUCGAUAUAUGAGAAAGCCUUCUCGUCCGCAGCGGCCGCCAGGGGUCGCCAACUGCCUUCGUUCGACACGGCCAUCUACAACGGGAGUCUGAUGUUCGGCAACUCGCAUGUGUCAGCUGGAAUCGCGUACAGUCUGCCGCAGAGCUACAUACCUAUUGCUGGGUACCACAUCGGAGAGACUGUCAAACCUUUACCUAAGGACCUCCAAACCCUGAUGGACAACGCGAAGCACGGAGUGAUCUACUUCAGCAUGGGCUCCGUGCUGAGCAGCAAGAGCCUGUCCGCGGAGCUGCAGCGCGCCCUCCUGGCCACGUUCGGUCGCCUGCAGCAGACGGUCCUGUGGAAACUGGAGGAGGCGCCUGGGAACUUGCCGGAAAAUGUUCAUUUAAUCGGAUUUGCUCCACAGCAAAGCAUAUUAAAUCACCCUAACUGCGUCCUCUUCAUCACUCACGGCGGGCUACUGUCCAACACAGAGGCGCUCCACUUUGGCGUUCCUAUAAUCGGGAUCCCCGUCUUCGCUGACCAGUUCCUCAAUAUCGACAGGGCUGUGAGCAAAGGCUAUGCGAAGAGAGUGGACUUUGACCACAACUUUCCGGAGAAGUUGGGAGAGGCUAUUGCAGACAUUCUUGGAAACACAAGGUACCGUGACCGAGUGAAGGAGCUCUCGUUCGUGUACCACCACCGGCAGUCCCCGCCCGGUCAGACCCUGGUGCACUGGGUGGAGCACGUGGUGCGCACGCGCGGCGCGCCGCAUCUGCGCUCUCCUGCACUCCUGGUGCCCUGGUACCUGAAAAUGUACCUCGAUCUGUUGAGCCUUGUGUUUGUAGUUGUUUUAUUAAGUAUUUUUGUUGUAAGACGAUUAAUGCCGACGAAGAUUGAUGUGAAGAAGAAGAAUAGAUGAUUUAUUCUUGUUAAAUUGUUAAAAUUUAUAAUAUACUCGAUUUUUAAUAAUGUAGAUGGCGCUACAGCGUCAUUAUCAAUAUUCACUACCAAUUC